AUGGUGUCCCCCAUGCCCCCGGCGCCGACACCCCCCGGUGGCAGCAUGCCUUCAAACGGCGAUCGCACGACUAAUCUGCUGAAUCUGCUCAAGUUCAGCGGUGCCGGUGGACAGGCUUCACAAGCUCGUCAGGACACCUCUGCAAACUACCAGCAGCAUCAGCAGCAGCCGUCUCAGUCUUCGCAGCAUUCUCAGCAGCAGCAGCAGCAGCAACAGUCGCCCCAGCUGCAGCAACAACUACACCAGUCUCAGCAGCAACAGGGCCGCGAUCCUUCGUUGUCGAUGCCAACCCAGAUUGUCGCCCCAGCCCGCGCCCCGGCCGAUCCCACUGGCCUGCUCGCCGCUCUGAUGAAAGGAGCACACGAUGGCGAGGAGUCGCGACCUGAGCCGCCUCAGAACGGCUCAUUCUCGACUUUUGGCGCAUCGUCGCCCCCCGACGAUACCCGGGCUUACCUGCUGAACUUGCUGAACCGCCCGAAGCCCAGCCAGAACGACAUGCUUCUGACCGAGUCGAACCGUUCCAACCUGCCUCAGCCAGGCGAGAACAUCCUUCAUCGAGUUCUCGCUGAGGCCGGCCAAGCUCCCAACCUGUCGCACAUGUCCUCGAAUUCCUACGAGUACGACCCUAGCAACUACUCUCAGUCGAGUGGCAACUAUGGCACCUACUCGUUCCCUUCGACCCAGGAGUCCAAUAUUCAGGUCGCCCACCAGCAGCAACAGCAACAGCAACAGCAACAGCACCAGCAGCAGUUUGGCUACAACAAUGCCAACAACGGCUUCGAGGAGCCUCAGAUCACUUCGCCACAGAACCGGACACCCAAGUCCGGUUCCAUCUCGGGUAUCGCCCCACCUCACUCUGCUGGCCAGUCACCUGCUGGUCCAGCUUUCCAGAUCCUGAAAAAGACCCACGACUCUCCGAGCUCCCAUCACGGAAGCGAGACUAAGCGCAUCACAAACGAGCGCAGCCCUCUCGCAUCUCCCCAACGUGCCCGCCACAGCCUCGGACACGUUUCUUCGCCCGCCGAUAAGCUUGCUAACCCUACCCCCGGCUCUACUGCCUCGUUUGCGAGCGUUCCGGCCUCGGAAAAGCACAAGGAGACUGUGUCGGAAGCCAUUCACGAUAUUGCUGAGCGUGCGGACCUUGAGGCUCAACAGGCUUUGGCUCGCGCUGAGGAAGAGCAGACGCGACCGGAGUACCUGCAGGAUCUCGAGGCCAUGGACACCGCCCGGACUGAGAGAGAGUUCGAGGCGAGCGCCCACCACGCCGCCCAGGCUAUCAAGAAGGAGCUCGACCGCGAGGAAAACAGGGACCUCCUCGAGAAGGUUGUCUCUGCUGAGGUCGCUGAAGAGGUCCGGGAAAUUGUCGAGGAGGCUGCUGCACAUGCCGUCGCCGACAGCUGGGAGAGUGCCGACCAGGACGAGAUCGUGGUGAUUGAGGAGGAAACUCCCUCGCCCGUCAAGGUUUUCAACUUCCCCAUGAAGCCUUGGAUCUCGAUUGCUCUGCAGGAUGGUGCCACUGAACCCCGUCCUCAGUUCCGUGAUGAUGCCAUCAUGGAUAUCGCUCGUCUCAAGAAGGAAUUCGAUCAGAUCGACCGUAACCUUUACACCGCCACCGAGAACUACAUGGCCUAUGGUAUGUCCAAGGCCGGUGGUCUCCGUGUCAUCCGACAGGACGACGGUAAGGACGCCAAGAUCUUCACUGACACCAAGGACCGCAUCUUCAACGUCGCCAUGUCCGUCACCCCCCCUGAUCAUACCGGCAUUCACCGCGAAGCCAUCAUUGGCACCGGCAUUAGCGGCACUGUCUACUGGGUCCAGAUCAAGAGCGGCGAGAAGGACCACAUUGAAGAUGCCCACCCCGAGCAGUACGGUUUUGCUCUGCCCCCCAUGGCUUCCCACGAAGGUGGUGACGCCCCGGGAGGUGUUCUCAAGACCCGCGCUCGCACGUCGACGAUUCACACCGAGUUCUUCGCCGUCGGCCGUGGCAAGUCUAUCAACAUCGUCUGGCCCACAUACAUCAUGCAGAACAACCUUUUCAAGCCCGGCCAUGACCGCGUUGUCGACAUUGAUAGGCUCGCCAAGCAGUGCUCGUUGAAGAUCAAUACUGGUAAGGCCGGUAAAGACUUCACGUUCAGUCAGGAUGACAGCGUGAUAGUGUCUCUUGACAAGUCCGGACGUGUCAAGUUCUGGGACGUUCGCGACCUCACUGCCUCCAAGGAGGGCAGCGACCCGCGCUGGCCUCUGCCAGCCCACACUUCUCUCGAGAUCAAGGAGCCUCUCAUGACUCUGACUAGCACUCCCGAGGGUGAGAAGGCCUGGCCUACCUCCGUCCUCCUGGUCGACAAGCUCCGCCCGUACCAGAAGCGCUGCGCCCUGCGUUACAUGAUCAUCGGAAUGAAGCAGAAUCACACUCUGCAACUCUGGGAUCUUGCGCUCGGCAAGCCGGUCCAGGAGUUCAACUUGCCUCACAGCAAGGAGUCGGACGCCGUCUGCAGCGUCAUGUACCACCCUCCUACCGGUAUGAUCGUUAUUGGUCACCCGACCCGUAACUCGAUCUAUUUCGCGCAUCUUUCGGCUCCUAAGUACAACCUGAAGAGCGUGUCGCAGGUAGAGUACAUCCAGCGCCUGGUGGCCCAGGAUGCUUCCAUCCCCCAGCCGGAUUCGACCGCCGUUAUCAGCGGCGUGCGUGAGUACUCGUUUGCGAACCGUGGAAUUCUUCGCAGCCUCGACAUUCUUUCCAACCCAGCCAUGACCCAAGAGAGCGACGAGCCAACACUUUUCGAGCUCUAUGCCAUGCACUCCAAGGGUGUCGCAUGUCUCUUGAUCAAGCAGGCCGAACUUGGCUGGUCCAAGGACAACAAGGUUCUUGCCCCCGUUGAUGCCGUUGACGCCGGUGUCGUCACCAUCUCCAAGCUCAAGCCACCUGCCGCUCAGCCUGCCGAGCCUCCCCACCAGAACAACGUUGACGGUGGCCAUCCCGCGGCCCGUAACAUCGCCAAGGAAUCUCUCCUUCAGAGCACUCCUUCUCAAGACGAAAGUGCCCCUCGCCGCGGUCCCGAGUCCAUCACUCCUGUCAAGAUUGCCAAGGCUGAGGCCAAGGACGACGAGACACCAGCUCCUUCUGCUCCUCCUGCGAAGGAAGAGAAGCAGGAACGCAAGAGCCGCAAGAAGAAGGCAGCUGCCGCCGCCGCCGCUGCUGCCGCUGCUGCUGGCGAUCCUCAAUCCAACGGAUCUCCUCGUGUUGGCGCCUCCAACAAGGAUAAGCAACAAGCCUCCAACGCCAACGCCAUCACCCAGGAGUCUGUUGAGACCGCCAUCAGCAGCAUGGAGUCUCGUUUGCAGAAUAGCCUCAACGGCCUCCUCAACUCGUCCUUCAAGACUCUUCACAACCGUAUCGAGGAUGGCCUGCGCGCUCGCGAAGCUGACUUCACCGAGCGCCAGGGUCAGCUCCUCAACAUGGUGUCCGACGUCUUGAACGAGAACACCCAGAAGGUGCUCCACGCUCUCAUCAACGAGCAGUUCAGCAAUGCCGUCAUUCCUGCUAUCUCUGAUGUAGCUGCGAAGGCGGUUUCUGAUCAGUUUUCAAAGAGCAUGAACGCCCAGGUCUCACACUCUGUUCAGAAGGAGAUUCACAAGGCCCUUCCUUCCGCGACUCAGCACGCGCUGCAGAACGGCGACUUUGUGAAGGCCAUCUCUGACAGAGUUGGAGCAACUGUCGCUGCCAACGUCCAGCAGGAGGUUGUCAACACCUUGACCGCUCGCCUUGGUCCCUCUUUCACCAACAUGGCUGUUCAGGCUUGUCAACGUGUUGCUGGCGAGCUUCAAAAGCAGCACCGCAACGAAGUGGAGUCUAUCAACGCCCAUCUCGCUGCUGAGACUAAGAAGGUCGAUGAACUGACCAAGGUGGUGACUCAACUUGGCGGCACGAUUGCUAGCAUGACGACCAUGCAGCAGCAGAUGCAUGCCGAGUUCCUCAACUUCCGUCAGCAGAUGGCGACUCAGCAACAGAUGAUGCGUGCUCAGGCUCAAAAUCAGCAUCAGCAACCACAGCAGCAGCAACAGCAGCAGCAGCAAGGAUCGCACCACCACUCCGCUCCUUCCUACACUGCACCUUCUGUCGCUAGCCAGGUCCCUAGCCAAGCUCAGAGCCAGGCCUACAGCAAUGUCCAGAGCCCCGACCGUGCUUCUCAUCAGUCCAUGGGUUACGGACACUCUCAGGCCAUGACUGUUUCGAAGGCCAACAACGAUUACGAUGCCGACUUACAGGCUCGUAUCGCUGUCAUCAACCAGUCCAUGAAGGAGGGCAGGGCUGAGGAGGCCGUCGUUCGCUGGAUGCAGUCUGGCCGCGAACAGGAGGUGUUUGAGAAGUACAUGUCGAAAUACAGCCCGGAGUUCGUUCGCAACCUGCCUCAUCUGGUUCUGCUGACGGUGACUGCUACUGUCAGCUUGAACCUAGAGUCUUACACUCGUGAAAGAAUCGCUUGGCUCGAAAUGGUUGUUCACAGCCUGCAGGUCUCCCUCGGCAACAUGGACGAGGAUGCUCGCGCAGUUACACCCAAGAUUAUGGGUAUGCUGGUGGCUCGCGUCGAGGGUCUCUUUGUGCGCAUCAGCAGCACUUCGGGCAACGACCCAGUCCUCAAGAAUCUGUCGCAGAUUAUUGCCAAUGCCAGGCGCGUUAUUGACGCUUGCCAGGGCGAGCCCCAGUACGCUUGA